AUCAUGUGACAGACACGGACAGCAAGAUGGCGCCGUCCAGUGUGCUGAGAUGUGAAGUCAGAUGAAUAUCAGAGGUGGAGAGAGAAAUUAAAUCUGCUCUAGCUGUCAAGAACUGUAAAGGAGCAGUCGUGCAAUUAAGUGAAAGAACAGGAGGUUUGUACUAACUGAAACAAAUACAAAGAGGCAGGACCCAUGAGGCGAAUAGGGAAAAGUCCAUGGAGGGCUUUAAAACAAAAAAGUAGAUCCUGAAAUGAACAAAGAGCAUGUGAAGAUGUUUGAGUGUGAGAAUAACACAGUCUCUUCCGUAUGUGAGCAAGAGGGACCCUUCCUGGCAUUCUGGAGUUUGAAGAGCUCAUAUCUGGAGAGAUCAUAGAGAAGGGAAUGGCAUACAGUUGAGGCAAGAGGAGAUAAUGAUAAAAUAGCUCUCUUUAUACAUCUACAGGCGUUGCAGUAGGAUGAAAGUGAACUUUUACUAAGGACCAAGGACUCUAUUGAAAAUUUUGGAAUCUGACAGUUGUAAAGAUUCUGAAAUCACAGGAUGCCGCUGACUGGAACCAUGUUAAACAAACCAGUGCUUUUGGAAUCCCUGAUUGUGUUCAUCAUUGUGUUGUGUGUGCACACAAUAGUUUGGGACCGGUAUUCCUGGUGUGUUGUUGCUCUUGCUGUUCAGGCUUUUUAUGUCCAAUUUAAAUGGGACCGUCUACUCCGACUGGGUGGGGCCGUAUUCCAGUUUCGGACAACAGCUAACAGUGGCCUACUACCAGCUAGUAUGGUCAUCCCACUCCUGGGGAUUGUGAUGAAGGAGAGAUGCAAGGCUGCUGGCAUUGUGUACUUUGAACGUUUUGGCAUAGUUGUGGCCUCCACAGGCAUGGUGCUAGCCCUCUUCCUAUCUGUAAUAGCAGUUGGCAUCACAAGGCCUGUUCCAACUAACACCUGCAUACUUUCAGGCAUUGCUGGCAGUAUAAUCCUCUAUACCAUGAAGUAUUCUUUAACUGUUUCUGAAGUGAUAGAGGUUCUGGAAGUGCUGCUUAUUUUUGUCUACCUCAGUAUGAUCUUGCUUUAUUUGUUGCCUCGAUGUUUUACUCCUGGGGAAGCAUUACUUGUCCUUGGGGGUAUAAGUUUCAUCCUCAAACAGCUCAUUAAACACUCACUGAACGUGAUAGAGGGCAAAGGGGAUCCUAUAUGCUUCGUCCUUCUAGUGGCAGUGGUUGGGGUGGUCCUUCUUGGGAUUUUCUUCACUGCUCUCUUUUUCUUCAUGGAUUCAGGAACCUGGACAUCCUCCAUGUUUUUCCACAUGAUAACAGCAGUGCUGGGACUGGGGGUCCUCGUGCCUUGGCUUUACCAUCUGAUUCGAAGGAAUCCCUUGCUCUGGCUCCUCCAGUUUCUGGUUCAGACACAGACAAGAGUUUACCUCCUUGUGUACUGGACCCUGUUGGCUGCCUCUGCGUGCAUGGUGGUUCUUUACCAGAAUUUCAAGAGAUCAUCUGAAUCUAAAAAGCACCAAGCUUCAACCAUAACCAGAAAAUACUUCCAUUUCAUCGUGGUGGCUACUUACAUCCCUGGGCUAAUUUAUGACCACCAGCUUCUCUACAUUGCUGCAGUGCUGUGUCUGGUAGUGUUUAUCCUUUUAGAGUACAUACGAUACUUCAGGAUCAAGCCAUUUGGCCAAACACUCAGGCACUUGCUCACUCUCUUCUUGGAUGAACGAGAUAGUGGACCUCUGAUCUUGACUCACAUUUACCUACUUGUUGGGAUGUCCCUUCCAGUGUGGUUGUUCCCCAGGCCUUGUGCUCCGAAAGGUACCCUGCCUGGGGGAGGAGCAUUGGUUCCCUACUCUGGGGUACUGGCAGUAGGGGUGGGAGACACAAUAGCCUCAAUUUUUGGCAGUACAAUAGGAGAAAUCAAAUGGCCUGGGACAAAGAAGACGUUUGAAGGGACAAUGACUGCCAUCUUUGCUCAGAUCAUUGCUGUGGCUCUUAUUCUGAUCUUUGAUGGCAGAGUGAACCUGAACACCAGCUAUGCCUGGAUUUUGGGGUCCAUCAGCUUAGUUUCCCUUUUGGAAGCCUACACUACCCAAAUAGACAAUCUGCUCUUACCUCUCUACCUCCAGAUACUGCUCAUGGCUUAGAGACAUUGCCAGGAACAGAGACUUUCUUUCUAGCUAGGGGUGAUAAUGAGCCAUGCAUCCCUGUUGAGAGCUCAGUUGAGCCAGUUUGGUACGAAAUGCUAUAUUUGGAAGAGCGGGUAGAACAGCUAAUGACAAAAAGGAAAUAGUUCUUCAACUCUUAAUUUACAAUAAAAGUAAAGGCUUCUGUU